GGACAGAUAGCCUACUGGCUGGAUUCAUGACAUACACACAUAUAUAACGCGAGACAAUGGUCUGAAUGAAUGACAAAAGCCCACGCGGUCCGCUCAACAAGACCACGUGCAGACGAGCAACAAGUCGGCUUAUGGGAGAAGAAAACGGUGCACGGAUCACAAUCGAUUAUCAAUCCUUGGCUUUGGAAGACCCACCACUGCCCUCGCUUUUCCGCUGCCUGUCGAACAGCUCCCUGUACGCCACACAUACACAUCACCGAGACCACACACACACGAAUGACGCACACCCCACCCACCCACCGCCCAUACAUGCGCACCUGACGUCCUCAGUGACGACAUUUUUCCUCCCAGACGCCACUUGCGGCGGCACAAACAUGCCACCGGGCUUCUUCUUCUCCUCUUUGCCAGAGCCGCCCGCCAUCUCACCAUAGCUCCGCUUCUCACCAGGCGCACUCGUCCUCGCCUUUGCCCUUGGCGCACUGGUGGCUGGCAUCAGUGUGUGUGGUGCGGGUGGCGGCAUGGCCCUGAAGUCCUUCUUGAAGAAUUCUGGUGGUAGUCGCUCCUCGGUGUCCUCAUCCAUGGGAGCGUUGUCGGCAGCACCCUCCUCCAGAAACCUUGACGGCACUGAUGAGAGGAGAUUGGCGGCCGAUGGUAGGGGUGUACGGAUCUGAAGAACCAAGGAACGACAAGCACAUCACAUGCAUGAGGGAGCAGUUCUCCUCUUGUUUCCGCGUCGGCAUGUGUGCAUACCUUCUUCUUGGGUUGCUCAGAUGACUCCGCGGGAGAUGCUUGCGGAGCGGCCUUGGCCUUCGCUUUCGCCUUCGGAGCGGCGCCUGGCUCGGUUGUCUCGUCUUCGUCGCUGUCGUAACCUGAAACGAUGGCAUUCAUCGGCAACGACGCUGCUGUGCUACGAGAGCGAUGCGGAUCUGAAUUCGG